AUGCGAACUGCUCGAUUCACCACUUUAAAAAAAUUGCCUUUCGCUAUCGAACAGACAACCUUCUCCCGAUCGUUUAGUUUGUCGUGUAAGGUUCAGCACAAGAUCACACCGACACCGACACCAACACCAACAAAGAUAUUAUCCAAUCGUCAAAAAUUCAAACAGAUACAACCCCCUUUGAAAGUCUACGAGAAACUGGAAAGGCUAGGUUUUGGCUCGUUACCUAGUAUUAACCGAUACAGAGGCAUUCUCCAGCAGAAAGCGAGAUUGCAACAGCAGCAGUCUCGUUUUACUGACAGCAAAAAACCUGAACCUGAACCAAAUUAUUCUUUCCCUUUUGUAUCGUUUUUCGCAGGUGCUAAAGUGCCCUCUUCAAUUCCAGUAGAGACGUUAAAUGAGGUAGCUUUUGUUGGCCGCUCAAAUGUCGGUAAAUCCAGCUUGAUCAAUAGUUUGGCUGAGACAGCUACAGUAAGAACUUCAGAUAAGCCUGGUCUAACACAACAAUUAAACUUCUUCAAUGCAAGUGGACAAUUUCAUAUGGUUGACAUGCCUGGUUAUGGAUUUGCGUAUGCAGAUGAGGCGCAGAGAAGCGAAUGGAAAAAUUUGGGUUUUUGUAAUUCUCGAUGCGAGACAUGGACGAAAGUAAAAUUCCAAAUUGUAUUGACGAAAUCAGAUUUGAUGAUCCUUCCAGAUUUGGCACGACGUGUUGUUUCCGUAGGAGAUCAGAUCAGUUCCUAUAAGAAUGCUAUCAAAGAUGUUUUGGUUGUGAGCUCAAAAACUAAUGCUGGCAUUAAUGAGUUUAGAAAACAGAUUCUCUUCUUAAUGGGGCAAUUAAAACCGAAGAAAUUCUACGAAUCAUUAGAAGAAACCAAGGUUGAAAAAGCAUUAAAAAAGGAAGAGAAGCAAAAAAAGGAUGAUAGGAAAAAGAAAUGA